GCCCUGUCAACCCAGAGGGGCACGGGCCGAAUCACCAGCACCCAGCAUGCGAACACAGCUUCCACAGAGAACACUGCUCAGUCUGGCCUUCAGUCUCCUGUUCCUGAAUAUGGCACGGGCCACACGCGGCUGCUCCAACUCUUCUGCACAGCUCCUCAGCCAGCUGCAGAAUCAGGCGAACAUCACGGGGAACACGAAAUCACUCGUGGAGUUCUAUCUCCCCCUCCAAGGCCUGAACACAACUACCCUGAGAGCUGCCUGCACCGAGCACCCUGUGGCUUUCCCGAGUGAGGACGACCUACGGGCACUGAGCAAGCCUCGUUUCCUGAACACUGUCUACGCCACACUGGGCAGAGUCUGGCACCAAUUGGGUGCUUUAAGACAGCAAUUUCUGAACAUUAAGAAUUUUCCAGAGCUGAAGAGGGCCAGGGGGAACAUUCAAGGCAUCAGGAACAAUGUCUACUGCUUGGCCCAGCUGCUCCACCACCACCUGGAGAUACCUGAGCCCACACAAGCAGGCUCUGGGGCCUUGCCGUCCACUACGACACCAAGCAUUUUCCAGGCCAAGAUAGACAGCUGCCGCUUCCUGUGGGGCUACCACAGCUUCAUGGGCUCAGUAGGGAGGGUCUUCAGGGAGUGGGGAGAUGGCUCUAGUCGCAGACGGAGACACAGUCCGCAACACAGCCUGCUCCGGGGCUGGCGCAAAGGAGCCCGCAGAAUCAGACCCUCCAGGAGCAGCCAGAGCUCUAAAUCCAGGGUGCAGGUGCCCCGGUAGCCUGAGGAUACAUUGACAGACACAGCAUAGUCUGUGGAUGCGGGAUGUCGCCUCUCAGAGGCUUUCAGGGAUGCUCCUGCGUUCAGAGCUAUGAAGAACAGCACUUUAAAGCGUGGCGAAGGGUGGCCCCUCCCACCACGACUGGACUGCAAGGGUAGUCAGGUUGUGAUGCCCCACUCCAAGCCUCCAAUCCGAGUGGGGCAGCUGGGUCAGGCCACGUGGGGUCGGCUUUCCAUUGAUUCAGGGGUCUGAUGACACACGCUGACUCACGGCUGGGCUGAAACCCCCAGGCUGUUGGUCCUUUCCUCUCAUGACUUGAAGCUGUUGCCUCCAGACUUCCUCCUUUCCCUGUGGCUGAGUUCCAAAGGGGAGGUCAGGUCCAGGGCUCUCUCCUGUGUCUCAUCCCACCCAGACCAGAUACCUGGACGUCUGGGAGACCCCACAUUUGCCCGUUGCAACAGGGGCAGGGUAUCCUAAAAGGAACACGGAUGGAGAAGUUCAGGGGAAGAGAGCUCAGAGUCCUGGCUUGUUCCCUGAGUCUCUGUAUGACUGUGGACAGGACACUUUAUAUAUCUGAGUGUCAGCUUUCUCUAUGUAAAGCUGUGGGGUGUGUGUGUGUGUGUGUGUGUGUGUGUGUGU